AUGGCAUCAAGCACUACAACACCUAUAUUUCCAGCAAUAGCACAAUCUUGUUAUGGCAAUGCUUGUCCUCGUUGUGGAAAAUGCACUGAUUGGUAUUAUGAUGGGAAUAUCAAGGAUGAUAUGGAGCGUUGCGAGCGUGGCGAAUCUAAAGACAUCAAUGAUGAGAAGCGUUGGCAUCGUCGUCCUAAUGGAGCAUGUCGUCAUAGUCAUCCUUAUUAUAAUCGUUUUGAUGCUGUCGCCUAUCCACGCAAAAUUUUUCGAUACGAUCCAAAGGAAGCAGGUGCUUUUGAAGGAGAUAUUAUUCUUCCACCAAGCACUCGUGGUGUUGGAGAGGCAGCUCAAGAAGCAAGAUGGACAAAUGGUAUUGUACCUUAUGUGAUUAAAUCCGGUGAUUUCAAUGCAGAACAAGAAGCAGUUAUUGUAAAAUCAAUGAGACGACUCGAACAAUCAGUCGCAAUCAAUAACAAGCUCUGCAUUCAAUUCAGACUAAAAGUAUCUACCGAUAAACAUUUUACCACCAUUAAAACAGGUGCUGGAUGUACAAGUAGUGUGGGACAAAACUGGUAUAGCACCAAAGAACUUACCUUAGGCAAUGGUUGCAUUCAUGAAGGAACGAUUAUGCAUGAACUAUUACAUACUUUAGGAUUCUGGCAUGAACAGUCUCGUCCUGAUCGUGAUAACUAUGUGACAGUUCAAUAUGCAAAUGUUCUACCUGGAUUGGAACAUGCUUUCAAUAAAUAUACAACAUCUGUUGACACACUUGGAACACCUUAUGAUUAUGAAAGUCUGAUGCAUUACGGCAGUCAUGAUUUCAGUUCCAACGGAAAACCAACAAUAGUACCAAAAAACUCAACAGCUAAAAUUGGUCAAGGACAUAGUUUAAGUCGCAUUGACAUAUUGGAAGUCCAACUCUACUAUCAGUGUAUUGGUCCCGUUUCUGGGCGUCUGAUUCCACUAUAUCGUUAUACUCGAGGAUAUUAUGAUCAUUUGUAUACAACAAAUGGUCAAGAAAUAGGCACAACUACUCAGGGAGCCAUUGGUCGCUAUGGGUACAAGUACCAAGGCGUUGUAGGCCAAAUCUACGAUUCGACCGGUCCUCAGCCAUCAUUUACACUGCCAUUUUAUCGAUAUCUAAAUAUUCUCAAUGGUCAGCAUUUGUAUACGAGUAACUGGCGAGAAAUUGGUACAAACAGAACUGGUGUUGUUAUCAAAAAUUGGAUGUACGAGGAAAAUGUCGGAUAUCUUUAUCCAAUGAGCCAACCAAAUACAUAUCCGCUUUAUCACUAUUAUCAUGUUAAUCAGAGUGCACAUUUCUAUACAACAAGUAUUCAGGAAAUAGGCACAACAACGCCUGGUGCAAUUGGGAAAGUCGGGUAUCAAUAUGAAGGCAUCGCCGGUUAUAUUCUUUAG